AAUCGAAUCCUGAUCUCGAGAGCGUCGUCGUCGAUCUUCCUGCCCUCGUCGCGAAGCGGAAGGAGCAAAGGGGCGUUCCGAGAAGUCGCAGGCGAAUGGGCUCCCGGCGGCGGUCCAUCGGUUCAUGAGAGCAUCCCGCCGCCGCGCGCCGCCUCCCUUCCACCUCCACCUCCUGCUCGCGCUCGCCCUCGUCGCCCUCCGCGCGCCGGUCGCGCACCUCCCUGUCGCGGGCACCCCCGGCGGCGGCGGCGACUCCACCCCCGCCCCCCGCCACGGCGGCCGCCGCGAUCGCGAGAUCUCGCGCCGGAGCGACCUUGGAAGCAUGUCCAAAGCCCGGGUUUACGCCGACGUCAACGUGAUCCGGCCCAAGGAGUACUGGGAUUACGAGUCCCUCGCGGUGCAGUGGGGUAACCAAGAUGACUAUGAAGUAGUUCGGAAAGUCGGAAGGGGAAAAUAUAGUGAGGUCUUUGAAGGAAUAAAUGUCAAUACCAAUGAGAAAUGUGUAAUCAAGAUCCUCAAACCUGUCAAGAAGAAGAAGAUAAAAAGAGAGAUAAAAAUACUCCAGAACCUAUGUGGGGGCACAAACGUCGUGAAACUUUUUGAUGUCGUUAGGGAUCAGCAUUCAAAGACUCCUAGUUUGAUAUUUGAGUAUGUCAACAGUACAGAUUUCAAAGUGUUGUACCCAACAUUGACUGAUUAUGACAUAUGCUACUACAUAUACGAGCUCCUCAAGGCAUUAGAUUUCUGCCAUUCACAAGGAAUAAUGCAUAGGGAUGUUAAGCCUCACAAUGUCAUGAUAGACCAUGAGUUGCGAAAACUCCGCUUGAUAGAUUGGGGUCUAGCUGAAUUUUAUCAUCCUGGCAAAGAAUAUAACGUCCGGGUUGCUUCCAGGCACUAUAAGGGACCGGAACUUCUUGUUGAUUUGCAAGACUAUGACUAUUCUUUGGAUAUGUGGAGCCUCGGUUGCAUGUUCGCUGGAAUGAUUUUUCGGAAGGACCCAUUUUUUUAUGGCCAUGACAACCAAGAUCAGCUCGUUAAAAUUGCCAAGGUUCUUGGUACAGAUGAGUUGAAUGCAUAUCUCAACAAGUAUCAUCUGGAGCUUGAUCCUCAACUUGAUGCACUUGUUGGGAGGCAUAGCAGGAAGCCCUGGACCAAAUUCAUAAACGCGGACAACCAACAUGUGGUUUCUCCUCAGGCCAUUGAUUUUCUUGAUCAUCUACUUCGGUAUGAUCAUCAAGAAAGAGUAACCGCCAAAGAAGCUAUGAGCCACUCAUACUUCUCUCAAGUGAGGGCUGCAGAAAAUAGCUGGAUGCGGACUUAAUAACCUUUCGAUCGGACCUGUGCCUGACUGAUUGAUAUUUCUAUUGGGUUCGAUGAUUGAGCAUGCAGAUUGCUGUGGAAGCAGAGCUGCUUAUAAGAUGCUCUUGUUAGGGCAACUGAUUAUAUGCGCAUAUAGCAAUUAUACUGUGUGUUAAGCUAGUAGUCAGUCAAGCAUUGAAGGCAUGAACACCUUAAAGACAUGAACAGAUGAAGAUUUGGAGUCUCAAUUAUACUGUGUGUUAAGCUAGUAGUCAGUCAAGCAUUGAAGGCAUGAACACCUUAAAGACAUGAACAGAUGAAGAUUUGGAGUCUCAAUGGUAUAUUUGCAUAAGGUAGGCAAUAAUGUCCAUUUUCACAACCAAGGAGGUUGAUGUGUGCGCGUGUGGGUUGGGGUGGUUGGCUCAUAGGAACAAUUACUUAUGUACAAAGAACAUAAAAGCAUAAAUCAGUUCGGAGUGGCAUUGACACAAUGUUUGCAGGGAUGACUUUUCAUUGUUGAAGUCGCUCGAGUUUCUAUAAGCUUUUCAAGA